GGAGUCCGCCGGGAAAACGAAACUGAGAGGCAGGCGCGCCGACCCAGCGGGGCUGCGGCGGACGGCGGCGGUGCGGCCCCAGGAGCGGAGCGGCGUCAAGGCGCGCGCACAUCCCACGUCCCCAGCCCGGGAUCGGACGCAGGUUCCUGAAAGAAGAAAUGGCCAAUGACCUUCCACCAGGCUGCUUCAUAGAAGAACUUAAUACCUACAGUCAGAAGCACAACACCGAAGUUAAGUAUUACGAAUUGUCUAAGGCAGGACCUGCACAUGACUUAACGUUUACAUUUAAAGUUACAAUAAAUGGCAGAGAAUUUCCAGCAGCUGAAGGCAGAUCAAAGAAGGAGGCCAAAAAUGCUGCAGCCAAGUUAGCUCUUGACAAGCUUAAUGUAGAAAGCAAGCCGACUAGUUGUUUAUCACCGUCAACAACAGAUUCUUCAGGAGGAUCAUCCACUAGGAAUUAUCUAGGCUUUAUUAACACGUUUGCGCAGAAGACAAAACAAUCAGUAAAUUAUGAGCAAUGCGAACUGAGGGAUGCUGGGCCUGGAAGAUUUCUUUGUAAAUGCAAAAUUGGACAAGAAGAAUAUGGCACUGGUAUAGGUUCUACUAAACAGGAGGCAAAACGAUUGGCUGCUAAACUUGCACAUGAUCUGAUAAAAUCAAAAGAAGCCUCAAGGAAAGCUGAUCCAGUAUCCUCUGGAUCUCUCACUGUUGGGUCUAAUGACAUCGGAAGCAACACUUUGGUGACAAGCAUAUUUACUUGUGAAUCACCAUCUGAAAAUGGCUUCUCAGCAAAUACAUCGGAAAGCAAUUGUAACAGUGACAGUUUAAACGAUUCUUCUUCUUCUAUGAGCAGUAUCAGAAGUAAUUCCAGGAAGGUGAAAAGGAGAAGUUUGGCACCUAAAUUUGACCCUCCUACGAUAGAGAGAAACAAGUAUACUACGGACAGCAGGUUUGCUGGUGAUUUUACAGAAAUAGAACCAAUCGGCUCAGGCGGAUUUGGCCAAGUUUUCAAAGCAAAACACAGAAUUGAUGGGAAGAUAUAUGUUAUUAAGCGUGUUAAGUAUAAUGACAAAAAGGUAGAGCGGGAAGUAAAAGCUUUGGCGACACUUAGUCAUGCAAAUAUUGUUCACUACUAUAGCUGUUGGCAUGGGCUUGAUUAUGAUCCUGAGGACAGCAUAAAUACUUCAAGGGCAAACACUAUGUGCCUUUUCAUCCAAAUGGAAUUCUGUGAUAAAGGAACAUUGGAGCAAUGGAUUGACAGCAGAAGAGGCAAGCAACAAGACAAAUGUUUGGCUUUGGAAUUAUUUGAACAAAUAACAGCAGGAGUGGAUUAUUUACAUUCAAAAGAGUUCAUCCACAGAGACCUGAAGCCGGGUAACAUAUUUUUAGUAGAUAAAAAUCAAAUAAAGAUUGGAGACUUUGGACUUGUAACAUUCCAGAAGAGUGAUGGAAUGCGGACGGGUAAUAAGGGAACUGUUCGAUACAUGAGCCCAGAACAGAUUUCUUCACAAGAAUAUGGAAAUGAAGUGGACCUCUUUGCUUUGGGACUAAUUCUUGCAGAACUACUUCACAUAUGUACCACUGUAUUGGAAACAUACAAGGUUUUUAAUGAUUUAAGGAAUGGUGUCUUCCCAGAUGUAUAUGAUUAUAAAGAAAAAAUUCUUCUACAAAAAUUACUCUCAUCCGACCCCAAGAAACGACCUAAUGCAUCUAAAAUUCUGAAGACUUUGGAGGAGUGGAAGAGUGUUACUGGGAAAAAGAAACUAAACACAUAUUAGAGGGCUUCUAUAAACGUAUCCUGCUUCUGAUAUUUGAUUUUUCUGUAAUUGUUCAAAGUCUUUUAGGGAAUAUCAAUGGUGUUUAUCUUCUAUUUUAAUUUUGCUCUUAAUUUUUUACUAAAUUUACAGAAAGGUUUGCAUUUUUUUUUUUUACUUCAAAACCUUCUUAAAUUUGACUUUUUCCUGGAUCAUCUCCUUAUUAAGAAGAUGGGGGGGGGAAUCCCUCAAAUUUUCUUUUUUAUGUCAAUUAAUGAAUUAAUCAGUUAAUAGAUGUUGAUCACACAUUCAUUGUUUCUAGGUCACAAAUAUAAGAUCUUUCCCUAUCCUAAAUAGCUCCUCAACAAGUCAGUCAAGAAAUACAGUAUCCAUAAAAAAAUAAGUGAUAUACAACCACUUUGGAAAAUAAUCUGGUGUUGAUUGUCUAAGUAACAUUGAAGGUCUAUGUACCCUCAAAGCCAUCAAUUCUGAUCUUACAUACAUGUCUACAAGAAUGUUCAUGGAAAACCUGUUUAAAACAGCCAAGAAACAGGAAACAAUGCUAAUGUCUAUCACAGGAAGAAUGGGUACAUAGACUGUAUUAUAUUCACCCUUUGGAAUACUAUAUAGCAGUGAAAAUAAAUGAAUUACAGCUAA